AUGAGAAGUAGUACGUCAUCAAUAUGGGCACAUCAACAAAUAAUUAUUUGCAUUAUUAGUGUUUUACUUGGUACUUUUCUUUUUAUUAUUACAUUUAUUGUUCCGGCUGUGAUUAUUUUAUGUCGAAUACAACGUGAUAAAAAUCGAAUGAAUUCAAGACAAUUACGACGUGCUAGUGAUUUUAUGAAUGAAGACAUGGAAAACGAAACUAUACAACGCCGUUCAACGGCUACAAUCAAUCAUAUGGGAGUAAACUCUUAUUCUACAUUUGGCGCUCAAGGUGAUCUCACUAACGAUAAAUUAACUAUUUUACCUAUAAUACAAGAUACACAUUGCAUUAUACAAGAACGACAUAUACCUGACAUAAAACAUACAUUCUUCGACGAACAGUUAGCAUCAAGUACUACAACAAUGAAUUGGGAUAUGGAAGCUAAUUACAUAUGUCCACCGGGUGUACAUCAUACUUCAAAUAAUAACUAUAUACAUUUAACUGACUGUACUUUGCAAACAAAUCCAUCGGCAACAGUUAUUCAAAAUACACAAACAACUAAAUUAAAUAAUGAUGAUGAAAUACAACAGCCAUCAACAUCUAAUAUGGGAACAGCAAAACAGAAUUUUACAAAUUUCACUAAUUCAGAUCUCAAUGGUUCAAAAGUAAUUCGUCUAGUUCGCGCUAAACAAGCCACUAAACGUAAAUCAAGUUUAGAUACUUUAAUUGAAGUUGUACAAAAAGAAUUACUUCGUGUAAAUGGCCAAUCGAAUUCAACUGCACCAUCAUCAUCUCCUCCUCAUUAUUCUCAAACACGUUCGACAACAUCCUCAAAGCAAUCACAACAACAGCAACAGCACCACCACCACCACCGAUCAGUAAUAUCAUCUGUAUUACCAUCAUCACAUCCAAAUUCCUUAACAUCUCAAUCAAAUCAUUCAUUUAAAUUAGCACGUAAACGACCAAAUCAUAAUUUAACAAACACAAAACGAACACCAUCGAAUCGAAAUCGUAGUAAAUCUUUUAAUACUAAUGAUGAUUUCGCAGAUGAUAUCGACUUUAUGGAUGGCGAUGAUGAUGAUGAUGAGGAUAUUAAUAAUAAUCAUAGCGAACAACAACAAACAAAUGAAUCAAUGGAUGAUGCUACACCAUCAACAUCGGAAACUAUCGAAGAUAUUGUUCGUGAUACGGUUGAUAAACUUGUUGCUAUAACUCUCCUGAACAAUGCUCCAUUUAUUGUUAAUAUGAUUACUGGCACUCCUGGUAAUAAUACAGCUAGUAGUACAAAUACUGAAUCAAAACCAUUGGCAAAUAUUGUUAAUACAAACACUACAUCUAUUACAAAACCUAUUACAACUAUUCCCUCGUCGGAUUAUUAUCGUAAUGAUCUUGCAUUAUUAUCAUCAACUGCAAGUGAAUUACGAAACUCUAUGCAACAAACAUCCCCUAUGAAACAAACACCGCACCAACAGCAGCAGCAAAUGAUUAUUCAAACAACACAAUCGAAUUCGAUUCAGACAAACUCUUCGAUUGUUUCGAAUGAUCAAAUGAAAUCUUCAGCAUCAACAUUAUUCGUUUCUCCACGCAUAUUAAAUUUUCAAACUGUUGUACCGAAGCCAACAACAAAUAUUCAAAUAGGAAAUACGAAAAUAAUUCUUGUAUCAUCGGGAACGAACCAUCAACAAUCUUCUCUUCAUCAGCAACAACAACUGCAGCAAACAAAUCUUGUUAAUAGUAGUCCGGUUAAAUUAGUGAAAUUAAGUUCAGCAUUGCCGAAAAAUGUUCAAAUUGUUAUACCAUCUCGAACAUCAAAUGAAUCUCUUUCAACAACAACAACAACAACACUUCAUCCAAUAUCAACACUGACAACUUGUUCUAUUGAUCAAAUACCUCAAGCAGCACAGGAAGUAACUAUAACAACAUCGCCAAAUUUGAAUAAACUACGCAGACGUUCAUCAAGUACAACGCCAACAGAUAAACCUGUUGGUAAAAUUUUACGACCGAUUGCUAAAGUUCUUCCAGUUUAUUCACCGAAUAAUGGCAAUCAUGCAACUAGUCCAUCAUCGACUAUAACAACAAGCCCAAGACAUGAUGAACUAACGAAACCCAUGGCAAUUAAUUUUCAACAACGACCAACAUCAACACAUGGUCCUAUGAUUUAUCGAAUGACAUCGGUGAAUUCAAAUGUACCUGUCUUUCGUGUACGUGCCACAACGGCUCCGACUACUUCAACAAUCAAUACUGAUGCUAAGCCUAUGUCUGUUGCAACAGCUACAAGCAUGUGCUAUGAACCUAAACAAAUGCAUAAUACAACGACUGCAGGUGGUUCGGUUUCUGUACUCGCUUGUUUCAAAACGACAAAGAAAAGAAAUAAGGAACGAGCUAUCAUGCCUCGCCCAAGUACCACCGAUCCUAUUGAUCCUUCUCAUGAUUUACAGCAACGACUACAUACUACAACAAGUAGUAAUAUUUCAACAUCUACUUUAAAUGUGCCUUUAACUAUUACUAAUCAUAAUACCACCGAUGAUUUAGCAAAUUGUAAUUCGACAAUAUUUUCCUCAACUGAUUUUCGUCAACAAUUAACACCAACACGUCUUAUACAACAAUAUAGUUUGCCAACAAUAGCAACACAAACGCAACAUAACGAUUCAACAUACGAUCUUAAUAUAUUAUCGCCAAAUAGUAUUCCAAUACAACAUAAUAGUUCACAUUCAAUUAAAACAAUAACAAUUCCAUUAAUAUCACCAAUACAAUCGUUAUGUUCAACAUCGAAUAUACGACCAGCUAUGGAAGAUAAAUGUAUUCAAUGUAUUGAUGAUAAUGAGAACAGUAUAGAACAACUAACAAAAGGUAAUCUACCAAAGAAACGAAAUGGACAAUCUCUUGAUGAUAAUUCAUCUAGUGAUGAAAGUUGGACAGUAGCAGCAGACACUCUUCUUCGUAAUGUUUUAUCUCAAUACGGUUUUCGUUUUCUUGAUGUUAAUUGUCAACAGAACUUAUCAACUAAAUUUGAUAUAAUUCAAGCCAAUCUUGUUAGUGGUAUGAUAUUAUCAAAAGAUGAAUUUUAUAAAUCCGUACAUGAUAUCAAAGAUUCAUUAGUUAAUAAUGGCUUAUCGAAAAUAUCUGCUGAUAAUCUAGAAAAAUUAUUUAAUUAUUUUGAAGUUGAAUAUCCAAAAAUUCGUGAUGGUGAUUCACUAGUUCGAACAAAUGAUCGAAAACGAACACGACGACAAUAG